AUGGUCAUGAGAAGAUAUAGGAAGGAUGGUUGGGCGCUUAAGAUCGGCCACGGAAGGUCACAUCCGACCGUGGGAUGCUUGCGCGGUACACUUGAGCGGUACGUCGAACGAGAGGUCUUUUGGAGCAUUCUGGAGCAUAUGGGACAAGGAGCAUGGAGGGACUUGGCACAUGGAAGCAGCUCAACUGGAUACGCAAAGGAAGAAGGGAGAAGCCAUCUUGAAGACCAGCUCGACCGUCUACUCGACCAACCGGUCGAGUUCCUCAACUCGACCGGCCAAGCUUCAACUCGAUCGAGCUGA